UUCCACAUUGCAUCAACACCACCAAAAAUCAAUCAAGCUUUACAUUCACAUAACUUCUUCUGGAAAAUGGCAUCACAACAACAAUCAAAGAAACUGCAUGACCAGAUUUCCGAAGAGGAGAAAAGGGAACUCGACCAACGAGCGGCUCAAGGCGAGACCGUCAUUCCCGGUGGUACUCGUGGCAAAAGCCUCGAGGCCCAGGAACGCCUUGCUGAAGGUCGAAGCCGUGGAGGACAAACGAGAAAGGAUCAGCUGGGGACUGAAGGGUACCAGGAGAUGGGGAAAAAGGGUGGGCUGAGCACCACAGACCGAUCCGGAGGGGAACGAGCUGCGGAUGAAGGGAUUCCGAUAGACGAAUCCAAGUACACCAGGAAGUCCGGUUGAUCAUCAUCAUCAUCGAUCGUCGAUAAUAGCUAGUGUUUGCUUGUAGUACGCUAUAUUUUGGUUGGUUGUACGUCUGUCUGUGUGUCUGUAAUAUAAGUUCAAUAAACUACUGUUGACGUUUUGCUGUCUUUAAUUUCAGUCAUGCAUGCAUGCCUGGACUCUGUGAUACACUCUUCUGUUAUUUGCUUGUGUUUAUAAAAUCCUCCUUUUCUUGAA